UUUAUCAGUCAACAAAGACUAAACAGUUGAAGUUUGAGUACUUUGAAAGUCUCGGAUGAUAAAAUGGCAACGUCAUCGAAUUUAAUUCGAGUUUUUGUUUAUGGAACGUUGAAGAGUGGACAGCCGAAUCACUUUUUAAUGCAAGAUGUUAAGAAUGGAAUGGCAAAAUUCAUAGCAAGAGCUGUGACAACUGAAAAGUUCCCAUUAGUUGUAGCAACAAGAUAUAAUAUUCCAUUCUUAUUAAACAAGCCAGGCACAGGAAAUUACAUCAACGGAGAAAUCUAUGAAGUUGAUCAGCAAAUGUUUGAAGUCCUUGACAAGCUAGAAGACUAUCCAACCUGGUAUGAUCGAGAAAUUCUUGAAAUGUCAACAACUGAUCAGAAAAUCUCCUGUUGGAUCUACAUGCUUAAAAACUAUCCAGAAAAACUCUUGAAGCUUCCUAUGCUGACAAGUUAUGAAUCUUCAGUGGAUAAACCUUAUCUUGAAAGUUAUUAUGAUUACUGUUCGAUGGAGACAAUGAAUGAGGAUUUGAAAAACUUUUGAUGGCUGUUGAUUGAGCUACUUGUGAAAGGCGUUAAAAGUAUUUAAAAUUGGUGCUAUAUGGUAGUUGUUAGAUACUUAAAUUUAUUUU